AUGGAGAAUGUAGUUCUACUAGGGUUCAUUCUACCAGCACACAAAACGCAGCAUGUCUCUUGUAUGGACUACAUUUCCCGUGAACCCUUGCAAGCGGAACUCUUUUAAAGUCGCACAGUACUUGGCUUGACCUGCAAAAAGUACAACUCGUGAAAGGAAAGUAAGUGAUUAUAAAACGUGUCCAGGCUCAAUAUCAGGACAAGACGAAUACCUUAUAAAUACAGUUAUUAUUAAUGUCGAUCUAUUGAUUGCCAUCUCUCUAUGAUUAUAAGCCAAUGGCUUCUGGUUUCCUAUGUAAUACAUUACCCUGUAAGUGUGUUGUCUUCUGAAAACCUUGUGAUUCAUUUGUUUUGUAUUUUUAAAUUAAUAUUAAGAGGUACAUUUACACUGAUCAAACAUUGUGGCAGAUUUUAUUAUUUGAAUAUAAAUGUAAGAAAAUUGUUAAUUUAUAUUAGCGCGAUGCACCAUGUCAGUACUACGUCAUGCACUUUAAAUGAUCAUUACUAAAAACGUAACUGUAGCAUCUUUUUUUCCCUUCAUGUCUCCUAAUCGUUGGAUGUAGGGAUAGACCGAUCAUCGGUUCUGCUGAUUUAUUAGAGCCGAUAUUCAGCAUAUUUAUGAUUAUCGGGAUCGACCCUCUAAUUUCCCAGUAUUACCGGUAACUUACUUACCUCUCCCAGUCACUGCUGCCAACCAAUGUGGAUCUACGUUGCAACCUCACGCCACCACUUGCAGAGCUCCGCUGAAGGCAUUGAGGUCAGACAGUGAAUAAUCUACUGUAAUGUACUGGGCAGCCUGUCUGAGAGUUAUAAGAGUGUGAUUCCUAACACUAUAGUGCCCUCUGCCCCCUCCUCCUUCACGGCCUCCCUCCGACACAUAAAGGGUUAAAAAAAAAAAAAACCUUAAGUGACAUUCCAGCGCCGAUGCCGCUCAGCGCUAGGUUGCCGCUCCGCCUAUGUCAUGCGACGGGGGGACCUAAUGCACAUGCACGGCAUGUGCCGCAAGAGCAUUAAGCCUUCCACAUAGGAAAGUAAUGUUUUCCUAUGGGAUUUUCACGGACAUUGGAUAGUCUCAUGCAGUGCGUGAGCACCUCCAGCGUCCUUUCAGGGACACAGAAUCCCUUAAAAUCACCAAAGAACCUUUAGUGACUGUCUAACAGACAGCAACUGAAGGCAGUUUUAGUCCUGCAAACAUAGUUAUUGCAGUUUCUCAAAAACUGCAAUGUUUUACAUUACAUGACUAAGUGAGACAGGGACACUGCACCUAGGCCACUUCAAUGAGAUGAAGUAGUCUGGGUGUCCCUUAAAUGCCAGAUUUGUGUUGCCUAUGUCUGGAAUCUAAAAAAAUGAUCUAGCUUCCCAGAGUAGUGAAACAAGCAUUCUUAGAUUUCAUUGAGGUGCUACAAAGAGCAAUGUUUUGUUCUAACGAAAAAGGUACACAUGUUGCGUGUGCAUGCUGAGAGAUCCUGAGGAUGAGAACAGGAUACUGUUGGUUCAGUGAUGGCACGGGGACUUUAAUAAAAUAACAGAAAAAUCCAAGGCAAGGUAUGCAAAGAAGGGUCAGGCAGAAAUCAGAGUCAGACGGUCCAGAGGUCAGGGAAGGCGGCAAUCGGCAAAAUCCAGAGAUCCAGCAAGGACAGGAAACAAACCAACAACCAAGCACUGACUGACAAGUGUGCUCUGCUUAUAAAGGAGUGGCUCAAUCGCAUAACCUGGUCUCAUUUGUAGAAGGGGUUACCUGAGGUCAAUCUGACUGACUGUGGAACUCAGCCCCAUCUUGGAAGAUUCAUUGUCCUGGCUUCGCCCCUCAGCCACACCUCCUCCAACCUCUGACCUGCAGACCAAUCUCCUCAUGCAGCGGCUGCCAUCUUGGAAUGCUGGAGCAAUCACUCUGUUUCCUGGCAGUGAAUCGAGGUCCAGAGUAUGCAGACUGGGGUGCAGCAGCCACAGGCACUAUAACCACUGCAGACUGACCUCCAAGGCGUUGUGGACGUCCUGGGACAGGGGAGUACCGUUGGCGAAUGUGACAGCCAAACCGUGAACUUGUUUACAUUUUUUUCUGGUAGCAUCUGCAGCAAGGCAUUAAUGAGGUUUUUUUUUGAGCAGUUCCACUAAUUCUAUCAUUCUGCUUUUGGCCUUAAACUAAUUAUUAUUUAAACCCAUGCUCUGCAGAUACAAGUUUCUUCCCGACAAGGAAUAGAUCUGCCUGCAGCAAAGCACCAUGGGAAAUUUUCAUGGUGGGUGACUUUGUUUUUAAAUUUACUUUUCACAUUAUUUUUAAUGCAUUAUCUAAGAGUUUUUGUUUCCCAGCUCGGAGUCCGAGGCUUUAAAUACUAACUCCACAAUUCCAUAGUUCCAUAGAUGGAAAAACAUCAAGUUCAGCCUUUCUCACUUUUGUUUUUGCUAUUGAUCCAAAAGAAGUAAAAAAAACAACAACAAAAAAAAACCCUUUUGAAGUGCUUACAAUUUUGCAACAAACCAGGAACAAAUUCCUUCUUGACCCCAGAAUGGCAGUCAGAUAUCUCCUUGGAUCAAGAAGCGAUUACCUCACUAAUUUUAUAACAUGACAGGAGGCUUCGUAUUUGCUUUAGUCUCUCUUUACUAGAACUCCACAGCAGCACAGAAAAACAACCAAUCAGAGAAAAGUUAGGUACUAUAAAACUCCCUUCCCAUUGCAUCAUUCCCUCUUUCUUUGCUGCUCCGCAUCAGUACAGGUCAGAGUACCACUGCCUCCUGCUUAUAGUGUGUGGCUUUGGGAUUUAGUGUGAUUUAUUUAGGAUUGUUUUUAAUUAUGCUUGGUUGUGAGAUUUAUGUGCCUUUUUGGCUCUUUUCUUUUCUUUGGGGAAUGUUUCCUUUACAUUGUGUUGGUUUUAGGUUUUUUUUUUUUUUCUGGGGAUCCUAUCGGUUUUCUUCCCCUUUGAUUUCACCCUUCCCCCCCUAACCCCUCUCUCUACACGUUUAUACUAUUUUUCUGCCCCUAUAUCCGGGCUUCAUGUGCUUCCCUCGGGGUAUCAGGAGACUAGCCGUCUGGCUGCCUCUUCUGAUUCCCCGAGCUCCCUGGUGAGUUUACCGCUAUCUGGGGUGCUCGCGAGACGCACGUGGCCACCUCGCCGCGUCUGGCUCCUUCUGAGAGCCGCGGGCGUCCGACCGGGUGGAGGAGGGUACACCUGCUCGCGGCCCCUCCUCCGCCCACAGUGGUCGGGUCUCGGCUAUUGUUGCUUUGCCGGGUUGCUCCGGCUGAUUUUCAUCGUGUUCUCCAUAUUGGCUCAGAUAUGCCAGUUAGCUCUAACUACUCAGACUACUAUGACCCAGGACAUACUUGAAAACGAGAGAAAUCUCAAUGUAUCUUUCAUGGUAAUAUAUUUUAUAAAUAAAUAUAAAUAAAUAAUGAGUUUCCACCAUGGGAUUAUAUAUACAGAUUACUGUUUGUUUCCUUGUGAUUAUAUAUACAGAUUACUGUUAGUUCCCAUGUGUUUAUAUAUACAGAUUACUGUUUGUUUCCUUGUGAUUAUUAUACUGAUUACUGUUAGUUUUCCAGGUGUAUAUGUCACAGAUUACUGUGAGUUUUCAGGUAGAUAUAGCACAGAUUACUGUGAGUUUUCAUGUGUAGAUAUAUCACAGAUUACUGUGAGUUUUCAUGUGUAGAUAUAUCACAGAUUACUGUGAGUUUUCAUGUGUAGAUAUAUCACAGAUUACUGUGAAUUUCCAUGUCUAUAUAUCACAGUCCACUGUGAGUUUCCAUGUUUAUAUAUACCACAAAUUACUGUGAGUUUCCACGUCUAUAUACCACAAAUUACUGUGAAUUUCCAUGUAGAUAUGUCACAGACUACGGUGAGUUUCCAUCUAGAUAUAGCACAGAUUUCUGUGGGUUUCCAUGUGUAUAUAUAUCACAGAUUACUGUGAGGUUCCAGGUAUAUAUAUAUAUAUCACAGAUUACUGUGAGUUUCCUUGUAUAUAUAUCACAGAUUGCUGUGAGUUUCCAUGUAUAUAUAUCACAGAUUACUGUGAGUUUCCAUGUGUAGAUAUAUCACAGAUUUAUGUGGGUCCUAUGGCAGUGUACACAUAUAUCACAGAUUUCUGCGAGUUCUAUGACAGUGUAUAUAUAUCUCGCAGAUUCCUGUGAGUUCUAGGCCAGUGUGUGUGUAUGUGUAUAUGUGUGUAUAUAUAUAUAUAUAUAUAUAUAUAUAUAUAUCUAUCUAUCUCUAUCACAGAUUACUGUGGGUUCUAUGACUAUGUAUAUAUGUAUAUAUCACAGAUUACUGUGAGUUCUCCGAUUACUGUGAAUUCUAUGUCAGUGUAUAUAGCACGGCUUGUUGUGAGUCUUUAGAGCCAUAGAUAUCACGGAUUGCUGUGAGUUUCACUGACGGUAGAUAUCAGUCCUGUCUAUGCCGAUACUAUUCUAUCUUAUCAGGUUUCUUGGGGAGAUUCAUUGAGUUGGCAAUUGUUUUGCCCUGCUCCUGGAGAGACCAUGAGUACAAUACCCUUCAGGCGGUAUGAUGAUGAUGACCUACAAUAAAGAUAAGAUAUCUCAUACGGAUCUGUAUGUACAUGUGCAUUCCAAUUUGCACUUUAAAGAAGGUAUUGCUCAGCAGAGGUUGAUUUUAUGGACACUAUAUCACUGGAACAAAUCCCGCUUAAACCCAAUACAACUGACUUUUACCUCUAGGUUGCCUGCUGGGCACUUAGGGACUGCCAGUCCCGGUUACGAUUUAUUCACACAGUAAUACGCUGUCUAAGAUUAGUGUCUAAGGGUCCUAGGUCACAGGAUACCCGGAGGAGUUACAGAUAUUUCGGGGACUCUGCCAAACUCAGAGGUCCCCAUUUCACAUUUAAUAUGGAACCCAGGAUUGGCCUGCUAUGUCUGUGCCCCAUUGAUUGGCCUGCUAUGUCUGUGCCCCAUCGAUUGGCCUGCUGUGUCUGUGUCCAUUUGAUUGACCGACUAUAUCUAUGCCCUUCAGUCUGGCCUGAUCUAAUUGGGCCCAUCGUUGACCUGCUCUAUCUGUGCCCAAACCCCCCUUUGGACCGCAAACCUGGGGGAAUAUCACUGAGGAAAGUUCAGUACCCUCUAGGUGGGUGUGCGGACAGGCACUGCUGCCAUAUUAUCCAAGAGGACACCAGGAUAUGGGCAUCUAACUGUGAUUGGAGGGGUGAAGACCCUACACCUCAUGCCCUGAAGGGCAAAGUUUUUAUGAGGAUUCCCGGGCACGCAACUACGUGUUAUACCCAACGACGACAGAUCUCCAAUGGGAAUUUUGCACAAACAGGGAACAGUGCUCAGACGACAUAUUAGGUAUUGGUAGUGUUUUUCUUUUUUUUUUCUUUUUUUUUUUUUCUUUUUCCUUCUUGACAUAAGUGGCAUGCAAAACAGUUGGCUUGCGCAGAAGCCCAUCGUAUUACAAACGCUUAAGACAAAGAACAAUGUAUAUCGGUAGACAUAGUAUACAAACACAUCCAUGUGUAAUUAACAUUGGGCACGUAUGGUCUCUUGUCAAGGAAUUAUAUAAUUAAAUUUUUCGAAAACUAAUCUUAGCAUAUGUACUGAUAUCUCCUUCUAGUCUAAUUUCAUUUAGUGUGGAUUAGUUGAAUUCAAUAUAAGGUACUCCACCCCUUGCACGUCUUCCUCUGGAGGAGGGUAUUCCGCUUUGGUUUUUUUAUCCCUAUACCAGGCAAUGGUGGGUGGUGCCUGUGUACUUUUUGCCUAGUCUAGCUUGAGUUGGCAAAAAAAAAAAGAGUGGGGGAGGUGUGGGGUGGUACAUCUAGUCGGUGAUGUCAGGUAUUGUAUGGAGUCCUCUGGCGGGUGUUUUCCCUUUCUUUUAUUUUUUUUUUGUUUCCUUUCUCUUCCCUUUCUUUCCUUUCCUUUUCCCCUGUUCUUUCCCUCUCUGUCCCUUUCCUUUCCGUUUCCCUUUUUCUUUCCCUUCCCUUCCAUUAUCUACUUCAUUGGUUGUUUUUUUAUUUUUCGUGCCUUCUAUUGUCCUAUCACUCGGGUCGUCGAGAGGCCUGACUUGACCUCCUCCGACCUCCCGGGCGCUCGUGGAUUGUGGAGAACGUCUCCAGCUUUCCUCAGACUACCGACGGUCAUCCAGGAGCCCGCGCACACGCACGGGAUCCGGGCGGUCCGUUGAUAGUUACCAUCUUCGGCUCCGAAACUUACUUUUCUCAUCACCCCUUUCUCUUAUUAAGGUCGGACACGGCCCGAGGUUGUAUACUAUGCUGAUAUUAAAUAAGGCUGUAACCCCAGGUUUGGUCACCCUGAGUCUCUACUGGACUCUGGUUUGGAUUACAGAGGGUGCGGCCCUCCUUCACCUCGGCCCGAGACUGAUAUUUUUAUUUUCAAGGGUAGAGGGCGAACCCCUCUCAUUUACCGAACCGGACACUGAUUCAUUAUUAGAGGCGCGGCCCUCCCUCAACCUCUCUCCGAUACUGAGCUGGAUAUAGAGGACAUGCUCCGAGUGACUCAUUCUCAUAGAAAGAACCGGACACAGAGGUAGACUCUUUGUUUGACUUCUAACGGGUGCGGUCCGCUCAUACCACCAGCCGUGCGCGGACUCCGAGUUCGAUCACAUUUUAGAGUGCGACUCUCUCAUACACUCAACGCACUACGGUGCCGUCCAUUUGUUCCUCACACAGGCUUGUACCUGUACAGGACAACUAUGACCGCAUAGAGGAGUGUCCCUCCUACAUUCAAUUUAGAUAUGAUGACCGCGCUACUGAUUUCGUUCUAGAGGGCUACCUGAUCGGGCAAGGUAUACAUAGUUUGACUGGAUCCAUCUUGUAACCCACACGAGAAAUACCCUCAGAGGUAUUGGUGGGGGAGGUUUCCCACUUAUGUACACACGUUCCGGGAGACAGUACGGCUAAGGAGGAGCCUCAGUUUUUACAAGAGUACAGGUUUUGGUAUAACCUGUGCUAUAUCAAACAGACAUUGCACUCUGUUUAAGAUAUUCAUUGCGUACAAACUGUGCAGACAAUUUUCCCGUGUCAGGGGGACAUGAGAUCCUGAGGCAUGCAUAGGGCAAACGGGCACUGCCUUGCUCGAGUAACAAGACUAGAAAAUGCACCGUAUGCAUGGAUCGCAUGGAGAAACCGAAAUUCUCAGGACUUGGCUUCCUUUGUCCUUACAAUCUUGAGAUAAAUUGGCAGGACUGCUCCUACAACUCUGAACACAUAUCUUGAGAACAGUGUUCGGACUCUAUAUCCAUCACGGGAACCAUCUUGGUUUGGGUUCUCCCUAGCCUUCCUAUUCAUCAAGGAAACCUACACUGGGAGAUACAUGCUUGGACAGUCUAGGAGACAGGAACCUAGGGGUCUCACUUUAUUAUUCCCUAUCUUGUAGGCGGCGUGUAGGCCAGGAACCCCUACACGAAUAUUGACAGGUCGGGAAUGGAACAGGAUUGUACAAGCGGUAUUGGAGUAUUUCACACUCUCACUACAACACGUAAGGGCUCUUCUGUGUUAUACGAGUCCUAAGCACUAUUGUAUCCGGCCAUCUUAGCACUCUUAGAGGAUGAUGUAUUUGGAUGGAAGUCUCAACCCCGGUUUCCGGUCCCAUCCUGUUGAACUUUCCAGGAUUCACAAUUCCCAGAAUAGUUGACCACCGUUUUACCACACGAGUUCAGUUUGAGACCUUGAUUGGACGUCCUUUGGGUGUCUUUUCUAUACUGCAGCCGUAGAUUACGCAGUCCAGUUGGUAGACUGGAGUCACUGGACCAAACUAUUAUCUGCAUAUAAAUUUAUUUUCGGAGGAGACAAUUCACCGGGUAGGUCAUAAAGGAACAAAUAGACACUACUCGGUUCUAUUCGAGUAUUGACGGUGGACUUAGGCGCAGGCCUGAGGUUGGAGUUUUGCAUGCAAGGCCACAUCGUCUGGUGAACCUGACACGAUCGGAGGAAUCACCUCCCACAUCAAGAGUCGAGACACGGUGGAAGUCUCUUCUCGCGGCCCCUCGGCACUUUACACCUACAGGAAAAUGGCUAAUAGGUCAACUUGGCAGCUCAUGGACCGACUGCUAGGGAACAGGUCGUAACCCCACGUACAAUGGAUCUAUCAACGGAGGUUACUUCUCGCAGUUGGAAGGUCUGUUUAGGAUUGCUCUAAUAUUCAUGGAAUGGGUUCCAGCGAAACAAGCAGCAUUGGAUUUGUUGGCUGAGCGUUAAAACAGCAAAUACGAAGCCUCCUGUCAUGUUAUAAAAUUGUAGAUUAUGCUAGCUUUAGUGUUCCUAUAAUCUUAAUUUUAUUAAUGACAGGAGGCGAGUAUUUCCCACCCGUUCUUAUCCCUCCCUUGUUUUGUUUUUAUAGUUGGACUAAUCAGGUACGUAUACAACUCUGCUUGUUGUCUAUGCUACCUGUCACCUGUCCUUAUGUCUGUUUUUCAUAGUAGGGUUGGGAUAUAUACAUAUUAAGGUAAUUUUGUUUGCUACAUUGGGUAUCUACAAGUUUAUUCAAAAUACAUUUCAUUGGAUAAUCAACCUGUUCGAUUCUGUUUUUCUCUCGUUUCAGUUUUCAGUCCAUCAACGCUAUCUGGUGUGGCGCUUCUUCAUGGAUGGUGGACAUUGACUUAUUUAUUUUCAGUCCAUCAACGCUAUCCGGCUGACAGUUCUUCUCAGACGUUGGACAUUGCUGUAUUCAUUGUAUCUGGACUUUGUUUCUUCCCAUAAUUUUUUCUGCCUUUGUUCUGUUUUGUCACAGCUUGAAAGAGGAAAUGAUGCAGUGGGAAGGGAGUUUUAUAGUACCUAACUUUUCUCUGAUUGGUUGUUUUUCUGUGCUGCUGUGGAGUUCUAGUAAAGAGAGACUAAAGCCUCCUGUCAUUAAUAAAAUUAAGAUUAUAGGUACACUAAAGCUAGCAUAAUCUACAAUUAUAUAGUAUAUCCCUGUAUAGUCUCUGCUGGUGGUUUGGAGUUGAAAAGCCAUUUUGGGUUACUGAAUUCGAUACCAUAAAUUGAGUCAAAGGUUUUGUGUACCAACUACAGAGAUGCUCUGUUCUCCGUUCUGAGGAAUGUAUUUAGAGGUAGAAAAUGCCUUUAAAGGUUUUUCCUGUCCUGUUUAUUAUGAUAUCACAGACCCCUUCCAUGGUUUUAUUUUCCCGUAAUACAUGCUCUGUUAUGUAUUUUCAUUGCCUGUCUUUCAUUCUAAAGUUCAGGUGGAUUUAUUUGUGAUUGUAAGUGACUGACAGGGUUUUUCUGUCUGCUCGAUCAUCUAUGAUGCAAGUUGAUCUUGUUUCCAGUUUUCUUGAGUAGAAGCUGCAGGAGAUUCAGUUGACCUAUGAAAUGGCUUUACAUGCUUUGUGCGGUCACAAAAAGAUUGUGAAAUGCAUGCGCCAUUUUCCUGAUCAAUUUACUUAAAAAUCUGCAAACAUCAAAGUUUGCCAACGUUUCGACCCAUUUAGGUCUUUCUCAAGGACCUUGAGAAAGACCCGAAUGGGUCGAAACGUCGGCAAACUUUGAUGUUAUACCUGCUGGAAUAAAUGAUCUACUUUUCAUUGCUCAAGCCCUAAGAGUGCAUCUCUUCAUUUCUCAUAUAUAUUUUCUCAACAUGGGAUUGCACCUAGGCAAUAUUGUACUAUAUACAUGAAAGGGUGAGUGCCAAGAAAGACAUUUUGUGUGUGUGUGUGUGUGUGUGUAUGUAUGUGUAUAUGUAUAUGUGUGUAUAUAUAUAUAUAUAUAUAUAUAUAUAUAUAUAUAUAUAUAUAUAUAUAUAUAUAUAUAUAUAUAUAUAUAUAUAUAUAUAUAUAUAUAUAUAUAUAUAUAAAUAUUCAUAUAAUCUUCUUCUGCAGAAAAGAAUAGUUUUUCCAAACAUGUAUAUAUUUAAAGAGUCGCCUCCUUAAUAUCUGCUGCCACAGCCUUGGAAAUAAUGUCUGCUAAAUUAGCCUGAGUGGAAGUAGAUGAGCCUUCAUAAGAUAUUAUCCGGAAGCAGUCUUAACAAAAGUUCUUCCUUUUAAAUGCAGUUGCUGAGCAGGCAGGUCACCUUUUUCCUUUUCUCUUUUCUUACAAGAUGUGCUCAGAUGCAUCAUAUAAGGACCACCUUUUAUAGCAGGUAUAACUAAAGGCAUUCUUUACUUAAAGAAUUUCAAAAGCUCACACGCUGAAAAAUUAUUAUUUUUAUAUUUGCUCGCUAUGAUACCAUCGGCUAUCUUGGAAGGGAAGCAUGUCAUAGAUAUACCCGAGAGCACUUGCUCAUGCGCAAAGCUCUCUCAAUGCAGCCGGUGGCUGUCUUGGUACACCUCUCAGCAAAAGGAAGAAAAUAAAGGAAAUGUUGAGAGUACCCAUGCAUGUGCGCUGCACUCCCAGCAUGCCGAUUGACACAAUGAGCUGGAAAAUCCAGGAAAAUAUAAUUCUAAUUAAUUAAAAAAAUAAGCUAUCCAAAAUUCUGGAACACAGGAAUGGGAGUCACACACACUUAAUGCAUCAGGGUUCCUUACCACCUCAAGAUAGAAUACAUAAGUAGAAACAUAGAAUGUGACGGCAGAUAAGAACCAUUCGGCCCAUCUAGUCUGCCCAAUUUUCUAAAUACUUUCAUUAGUCCCUAGCCUUAUCUUAUAGUUAGGAUAGCCUUAUGCCUAUCUCAUGCAUGCUUAAACUCCUUUACUGUGUUAACCUCUACCACUUCAGCUGGAAGGCUAUUCCAUGCAUCCACUACCCUCUCAGUAAAGUAAUACUUCCUGAUAUUAUUUUUAAACAUUUGUCCCUCUAAUUUAAGACUAUGUCCUCUUGUUGUGGUAGUUUUUCUUCUUUUAAAUAUAGUCUCCUCCUUUACUGUGUUGAUUCCCUUUAUAUAUUUAAAUGUUUCUAUCAUAUCCCCCCUGUCUCGUCUUUCCUCCAAGCUAUACAUGUUAAGAUCCUUUAACCUUUCCUGGUAAGUUUUAUCCCGCAAUCCAUGAACCAGUUUAGUAGCCCUUCUCUGAACCCUCUCUAAGGUAUCAAUAUCCUUCUGAAGAUACGGUCUCCAGUACUGUGUACAAUACUCCAAGUGAGGUCUCACCAGUGUUCUGUACAAUGGCAUGAGCACUUCCCUCUUUCUACUGCUAAUACCUCUCCCUAUACAACCAAGCAUUCUGCUAGCAUUUCCUGCUGCUCUAUUACAUUGUCUGCUUACCUUUAAGUCAUCAGAAAUAAUCACCCCUAAAUCCCUUUCCUCAUAUGUUGAGGUUAGGACUCUAUCAAAUAUUCUGUACUCUGCCCUUGGGUUUUUACGUCCAAGAUGCAUUAUCUUGCACUUAUCCACAUUAAAUGUCAGUUGCCACAAUUCUGACCAUUUUUCUAGUUUACCUAAAACAUUUGUCAUUUGGCUUAGAAAUGAUUUAUUGGAUAUCAGGAUUUUCAGUCACCAUAAGCUAAUAUAGUGACUUUAACCCUGCGAGUCCCAAACAGCCUGGGCUGUAUCUAGGUUCCUCCAUAGGGAAAGAGGCCGAACUGCCUAUAGGUGCUAUAAUGAAAAAACUAUUUUAGGUGAGCUUUAAAAGAAAAAUGUUAUGCUGCUUAAUAGCUGGAGGACAGGAAAAAGACUGCUGUUGUAGGGGAGGAGAUUCUUCUUAAAGCUUCCAUAUAAUUUUCAUUUGUAUAUUCUUGUCCCAAUAGGGAGGGAGACGCUUACCUCAUAAGUGAUGCUGACAUGGAUUAGCCAGACAAAGCAAUGUAAGCAAAAGGGUUAUUCUGAACUGGAUUGGAAUGUGUAACGAAUUCAUCCACUUAUGGUAAAGUUGUUAAUGGUAUUUACUGUCCUGACAGGAAUAGUUGUGCCCAUUUACAGCCGUGCGCCCGGAUACCUGAUAAUCCCAGCAUGUCUAGGGAUGCCGGCUGCUGACAUUGAUUAGCCAAAAAAGGAAUGUAAGCAAAAGGGUUAAUUUGAACUGGAUUGGAAUGUGUAACAAAUUCAUCCACUUAUGGUAAAGUGGUUAAUGAUAUUUACCGUCCUGACAGGAAUAGUUGUGCCCAUUUACAGCCGUGCGCCAAGAUACCUGAUAAUCCCAGCAUGUUUAGGGAUGCCGGCCGCUGCGGAUCUAUGCUACCUUAUAGCCCCAUGACCGCUCACGUUGAGAAUGACGUUGGCGUGUGCGUGACGUUGGGGUCAAAGGCCGAUUACAGCCAAUCGGAAUAACAGGAGGGUUAGUUAAACUUAUUUUUACAUUCUCUCAUUGCCCUGUCGUGGUUUCUGUCUGAUGGUGCGAGAGUGCGUUCCUGAUCUUGAUUUUUUUGAUAUUUGAUUUUGGCUUUGUUUUGACUUCCCUGAUUUCUGGUAUCCUUGACUUUUCCUCAUCGCUGUGUCUCAUUCUCUAUCCCUGACCUCGGCAAGUAUUCUGACUAUUCUUGGAUACGUUAAGUCCGGCCAUUAUAAGGUCCAGUGAGACGUUCUAUUUAGUCCUAGGUGUGAUACAAUUCUUCGUGCGGGAUCAAUUAGGAAUCCUGACAGAAUGGAAUACAAACAGCAUUUUCUCGUUAUGUGGUAAAAUGAUCAAUCCUUACCGAUUAUAUGUGCCAUGACCACAUGUACUGCCUUUCUAAUGGUGGAAAAGUACAAUUUUGUAAAGGUCUGGAGAGCUGUUUCCCACUUCCAUGUCUUGUACAUGUGUCAACUUGCUUGGGUAUUUUGAAUCCAUCAAAUAUUUAGUAAAUCUACUUUUGUUUAAUAAUCAUUCAACCUAUUAAUUUACAAUUCUGAAAAUAGGACUAAUUCCUGAACAUCUCAGAUCUCCAACAUAGGCCCCGAUUUAAUAAUUUUGGAUAAACUUUUCAAAUGAUAAUCUAAUGAAACAAAUGUUUCAAAUUAUUUAUCUACAAAAAUCCCAUAGACAUUAAUGGUGACUUCUGUAGAUAAAUGAUUAUAAAAGGUUUUUCUUACAAAUUGUGAUCCUUUGAAAAGCUUAUCCAAAAUGAUUAAAUCAAAACCACAAAUAGGCAUAUUACCUUUAGCCAUACCUAUGGAGUUAUACUAAGCCUGGUAUGUGUCAGCGCUACGGAAUUUGUUGGCGCUAUAUAAAUAAUAAUAAAAUAAUAAUAUAAUAAUAAUAAUAAUAAUAAUGUGCUGUGUUCCUGUGAUUCUGCAAAUGAGCAAAACCACAGCCAGUGACCAAUAUUAGGCACACCUGCUUGGUAUCACAAGAACAGAUUACUAAUCAGGGACCUGCAGGACGUGAUAAAGAGGUUUAAUUGAUUUUGUUUUAACAUUAGAUCAGAGAUGAAUGUGGCAUGAAAAAUUUACAAAUAAUCUUGUGACAAACAUGCAGUGAGGGAAAAAAAUAUUAAAUCCCCUGCUGAUUUUGAACGUUUGUCCACUGACAAAUGAUCAAUCUAUCGGUUUAAUGGUAGGUGUAUUUUAACAGUGAAAAAAAAAUAAAAACAGAAAAAUGCAUGUCAAAAAAGUUAUAAAUUGAACCCCCCCUUGUUAGAGAGAGACCUGUGCAAGAUAGGGAGGACAUAAAACCUCACAUUACCCAUAUAAUAUAGACGUGGGUACCAGUUCAUGAAAACAUUUAAUUUUUGGAAUAGAGAAUAAUUUUUCCCCCAUUCAUGUAAAAUUUUAAACCUUACUGUUGGUCUUUGAUCGAUCUUUACUGCUGUUUUAUAAUUACCUACAUAGUCCGUGUUGUUGAUGACUAACAGCAGGGGGAAGUACAAGUAAUUCACUAAACUCAAAGUGAAACCUUUACAAAGACCUUCACAGUAAAUAAUAAUAAGGGGUCACUUAAAGGCCUUCCUGCAUAUGAGGUAUUUGGGUGGUCUUGUUUUUUAGAUUCUUGUCGAAAUGUUCACUAGCUAGCAUUCAUUGUGCAAAUAAGCAUUUACAGUUCUGCCCUGUUCUAAUUUGAAUAAUUUGGGCUAGUGUGUGUUUUUGUUUUGUGCUACCACAUAUGGUCACUAGAGUGAAAUGACUAAUUUUAAGAACUAUAUGACUUGUAUAUGCCUAUGUAGUUCUUAUAUUUUACAUUUGAUUACUAGAGUGCCAAUUUAGAGAAGCCAGCAGGGUAUUUAUUGCUCCCAGAGUCUUUGUGAUCAGAGCUACUGCUGGGGUAUAAGGCACAGAUAUCAUAUCCUCCAUGUUGCCAGUACUUGGAAAAACUCUGCACUAUGCAGCCACCAGCGCUCAUGGGAAAUAAAUGACUGGGGUCCACAUUUUAUAAACAAUGUGGGAAGUGGAAGUGAGAUGGAUGGGAAGAGGGACAGUGAGAUGGGGUAUGGAGAAAGGGGGACAAUGACAUAAGUAGGAGAAAGUAGUCUAAAUACAUCCCAACAUUCACACAUGCAUUGACACUACUUAAAUGUACACACCUUCUUUCAGACAUAGUGACGCUCCACACAAAUGUACACCAACAUUUUCACAAGACAUAACGUUGUGGUUAAAACAUGAUUUAAAAAACCCAAAAUGUAAUUCCCAUGUAUUUACACUGGUGCGUAACAGUUAGCCUGGUUUACAACUUGAAACUUUAGUCCUGAUAAAUGUAUCUCAUUAUAAUGUUUGGUAUUAUCCUGCCUUGCUUCUUUUUAGGAGCUGAUUCUUCUGCCCAAUUUGUUUGCGUAGAACACAUUUGGUAACGAGUUGUAAACAAUUUAAGCAUUAUGUGAUUACUUAUGCAAAUAAUAUUGCUUCCUGUUGUUUGGGCAGGUGGGCUGAGACCGUAAAAGAACAGAUGCUGUUUGCACAUCUCGCCAAGAAGACUUACAUCUGGCUCAUUUUGGAAUUUUCAAAAGUAAGACAUAAACAAGAUGAAUCACUAUGAGUAUUUGGGGAUAAACAGUACAUGAUACUUGGUAUAUAUGCCUAAAUAAAUGCAAUCAAUUCGUUUUAGAACUACAAUAACAUUUAAAGAGACAUUUCUAGAUUUUCAUACAAAUCAUUUAUGUUACCAUUAUAUUUAGAAAAUAGACACAAUGUCCUACAUGUUACCUCUUCCAUGCUAAUGGAGGGUUGCAAUUUGCAAUAAUACUGUCCCACUCCCUGUUCCUAUAUACUUGCAAUCAAUCUCAGACUGCCCAUCCUUAAUUAGAUCCACAACUUUAAAGGAACACUCAAAGAACCAUAUCCACUACAGUGUGCUAUAGUGGCUAUGGUGCCAGGAGUGCCCUGGCUGCCCAGUCGUAACUAGUCAAACAGUUUGAAUUCUUACCUGGGGUACACGGGUGUGUGACAGCCUAAAGCACUCUGCCUGAACGAAGCCUGGCUUAAAGGGACACUUCAGACCUGCUAAUGUACUUUAGCUUGCUGUAAAGCUAUGUGUGAAGUGUUCUUUUUUUAUCUUACACAAAGUGCAGAUUUCAAUAGAAAUUGGCACUUUUAUAAAUUAUCCUGGAUACACCCCCUUGGUUUUCAAGCAGACAAAGAGUCGUGUUACUUCCUGAUUUGGUUAUCUCAGUGGAGCUAAACUCAAGAGGCAGCAGUUGCUCAGAGCACUUACCUUGCAAAGACUUCUCAUUGAGCUGCAUUAGGAAGUCUAUGAUUAGAUAUUGUAGCGAUUUUUUCAUUGCAGUCUGGGGAGGGUUGGCAAAAGCAGCAGACAAGAGAAAUGCAGUUAUUGCAAGAGGUUUUUAGACAUAACCCCUCCAUGAAAAAAAAUGAUAAUUAAAAGCAUGCAUGUUCUCAUUUGGGUUAUAUCUACUAAACAGUGAUUUUUAUUUGAGGAGUGGAGUGCCCCUUUAAGAGCUUCUGUUAGUAAUUCUUAGUCAUGCAGUGCAGUAGCAGUACAUUGGCUGAGAGCAUCAGCUGAUUGGUCACAGCCAAUGAGCAAAGUCCUACAUCCAGCUCUGUAUUUAGCAUGAGGCUGACAAGGCAUUUGCACUGGGCGGCACUUUCAGGGGGCGGCAAAAAAUGCUGCCCCCAAACGCCCUGGCAGAUGCCUUGUCAGCCUCUUGUCCUGGGGGCCUAAGAGGUAGCCGUUUGGCCACCUUGUGGCCCUGCGAGGCUGGCAUUUGCACUGUUGGUAGGCGGGCGGCUAGGCGCGCCGCAGUGAUGCCAGAGCUGGAAUAUGACAUCACUCUGGGUCCGGCAUCACUAAGCGUGAGGGAGCUAAGCAGGAGGAUUACAGGAUUACCGUUUUUCUGUCUGACCGCCCACCUGUGCCUGCCAAGCUGCGGCCAGCCCCACUGGACCCCAGGGAAGAAUUAACUUCAGCACCCCCAAAGGUAAGGAGGCUGGAUUGAUUAAAAAUAUUAAAAUUGUGAGUCUGCCAGUGUGUGUGUGUAUCUGUCACUGAGAGUGUGUGUCUGUCAGUGUAUGUAUGCAUGUUUCGGAGUAUGUAUGUCAUUAAAUGUGUGUGUCUGUCAGCUAGUGUAUGUAUCUGUCAGUAAAUGUGUGUGUCAGACACUGAGUGUAUAUAUGUCUGUCAGUGAGUGUGUUUGUCAGUGUGUACUUGUCGAUGAAUGUGAGUGUGUAUGUCUGUGAAUGUGAAUGUGUAUGUUUCAGUGAAAGUGUGUGUUGGUUAAACUGUGUGUGUGACAAUGACUGUGUAUCUGUCAGUGAGCGUAUGUCGGUGCGUGUGUCUGUCAGGAAGAGAAAUUUGGAAGGCGGGUGGGAGGGUGCCAGAGUUUGUCAUGCCUAGGGCUGCACAAGACCACUGGCUUAGCUCAAGCAGAGAACUUCUGGCUCAAACUUAGACUAUUGUAGAGAUAAGGGGUGCUGGCCAGAAUCUCUGACUUGGCUUUAUUAGCUUAAAUGUUGCAAAUGAGUUUUAAGCUCACAAAUUUCUUUUACUAUCUUUUGUUUUGGAUUAUGCUUUUUUUUCUUCUUUUUUCUUUUUCUUUGUUGUGCUCAGUUAACAAACAGGCCUGCAUUGCCACAACAGCAAAGGCAGGGUCCGUGAAACACAUAUCAAAACAGUGUAGCAGUCGAAAUAUUAAUACAAUUUUUGUAUGUAGACAGAAAUGUAACACGAUAAUGCAUAUGUCAGUGAUCCUCAUAGCUGUAUCAGGCUAAGCUUUAAGUACUAAAGCUGGCAUCUUAAGAGUUAUAAGUGGUGUAAACAUGUCAGGUUACUCUGCUUGAGAGAAGACCUAAUAAAUCAAAGGAAAAUAAAGCAAAUACUUAUAUCUGAUAAAGUCACUGGCCCGGCAACACCGCCAGAUCGCUGCACCACACCAGUUGUGCAUAUAAAGUGGAGAGGGUAGAGAAAAACACAAUGAUCAUUAAACAAUGGCAUGGGUGACAUCAACUAUAUACAAAGCAUAGAGAGCUAGUACGUGGUGUCUGCUGAUGUUGGGAGAGGGCCCUAUGGGGCAAGAGGCCAGAGAACAGAGUCAGCCAACUCCCUGAGGUAGCAGGAUUAAUGUGCAGCUAGAUAGCGAGCCCUCUUACAGAGGGCUCGCUAUCUAGGCAUGAGCAUUGUUAGUUGCUAAACAAUAAUAUGAAAUCAUUAGCAGGCUAGGGUAGUUGCAGAUCAAACAGCUGAGACUAAAGAAAGCACUGUUCCCUAGUACUAAUCAUUAGUGAUGUCCCGAACGGUUUGCCGCGAAUGGUUCGCCGCGGACUCAUCAUGGAGUAAACUUUGACCCUGUACCUCACAGUCAGCAGAGACAUUCCAGCCAAUCAGCAGCAGACCCUCCCGCCCAGACCCUCCCACCUCCUGGACAGCUCAUUAAGAAUGCAGCUUCACAAUGAAUGUAAAAUGGAUGCUGUCCAGGAGGUGGGAGGGUCUGCAGGGUCAAAGUUUACUCAAUGAUGAGUCCGCAGCGAACCGUUCGGGACAUCACUACUAAUCAUGUUUGAAAUACAAAGAAUAAAGGGAUAGUAACUCCAAGCUACGUAAUUCACGGCAACAGCCAGCGUCAAUUAAGCUCCUAGCUCUGACGGUAAGCCUUUUGCCGGGUUCAGCCUACUCCCAACUGUUGUGUCUCUGGGCAAGUCCAUUAGGAUAGGUACAUGAACCAGGUGGGAGCCAGCGAAGUUAGACACAGAGGGAACAAAUUGAGGGGUUAGCCGCAGAGCUGUAGUGAGGCAGGUGUUCUUCACAGCCCCAUGUCCGCUUGAAGGCCCGCAUCGUUGUGUCACAGAUUCGAAACUGCGCAAAGUGGUCUUUGGACCGCCAUCUGUAUGUGAUCCUCCUUUUGCAUGGUCGAUGCGGUAGGCAAAGCCCCGUGGUGGUUUUCGGCCCAGGUAGGUCAGUAGAGUGGGUAUGUGCUGCUUGGGUUUAAGGCCUUCCAUCAUUCUGCCUCUCGCUUCUCCGAUCACCGCCCAGAGGCUGCAUCUGAGUCACCACUGUCUUAGCUUCAAAAGUAGCCUAGAAGGUGUUGAAGUGUGCAUCCAAUUUCUGCAGAAAUUUCUUAAUAUAGUCUCUUAGGUCUUGGUGUGGCGGCUGUUGUAUGCGCCCUUGUUGUAGGCGGCUCUCAGCCAUCUUGUGGACAGAGGCGCUGUCCGCCAUUCAGUAUUGGUGGCAGUUAGUCAGCUUAACAACAACGCUGGUGUGAGUGUUCGACUGGGAUGACCCCCGCCGAUCCAAAGGGGGUGGAGGAGGAAGGACAGGGCAACCUUGAACCUUGCACACGGAACUGGAAAGCGGACGUUUCUUCCGCCCAAUAGCUUCACUAGGCCCCACUGGAAGCACCGGGAAAAUCAACAGAGAGCAUCUGGUUGGCAUUCUCCCGGGUGUCUCUAACGGUUCCAGGGCCAGGUAGGUCUCAGUUGGUGGCGGAUUGGCGUGCUAAGAGUUGUUUUUUUGGCUUUAUUUUGUGGUCAGGCUUGAAGCGCUCAGGAAGCGCGUCCAGCUGCCAUGCGGUGCAUGCCCUGCCCUCCGGAUUACGCUCCUUUUUAACAGUAAUGACAAUCUACUCGUCUCUGUUUUGCAUUUAGUGCAGUUUAAGCCAUUGACAUGCAGUUGCUUGGGUAGCUUCUUUUAAAUAAGACUGUACUUGGUAUCUUGUCCAUUUUUUUUCUUUGUAAUCAGAAUCAGUGGUUAUAAUAUUAACAUUAUAACGCAGAUUUUAAUUUCAAAUAUCACCAAGUGUCAUACUCCUGUCUGUACGAUGCACUGUGAGGAGAGCAGUAUGUAUACACUGCAGCUGUUAAGAGAGCUCUGUUAGGAGAAAAUGAUGCAAGACGUUUUUCCUUUAGUGCACAAAGACCUAUGUGUCGUGGAGCUGAAAGUGCAGUACUAAUUACUGGUGUGUGAGGGAAAGAUUUAAAUACGGUUAGAAAAAAGGUUUCAAGGAGUUGAUUUGAACCCUUUUCUCAAUGUACCCAGGAGAUAAAAAGAUUCUAAAUUUAUAUUAACUGUUAAAUAUAUAGAGAUACUCACAAUUUAAUUUCCAUAGUUUUGUGCAAAUAAACUGUAUAUGUCUGUCUCUUUGUAGAGUGUAAACCGAGCAAUCUCUGGAUUUGUAUGUGGCGCAAAAACUGUGUUUCUGCAGACACUGGCAAUGACUGUUAUUUCUGCACUAAUCCUUGGCUUCCAAUGGUUUGGGUGACCAGAGUUUUUAGGUGAUUUGUCAUUCGAUAAUCAUAAUAAAAUAGAGCAUCUACAAGUAAUUAAAGACUUCUUCAGUGUGAGAAGUUGCAUGGUCAAGGAAACCAUAGAUUUCCCCUGUUCUAUUAGAGAAUUGGAGGGGGCAUAUGGCUGUAGCAGUUAUGGCAAACUCUUGCAAUAUUCAUUGAAUCAAAGGACAGUACAGGUGAGCUAUUGGCACCACAACCUGUGCAAGGGGCAUACGUGCUUAUAAUGCUUAGACUCUAAGCAUAAGCAUGUAUGCCCCUAGCACAGGUAUAUUUUAUAUAUACAAAAACACAGGCUUAGAGUGUUGGUUUAAGUGGCUAUACACUUGGAUUUUCAAGCACAGAAUACCAGAUUUAACAUCAACCUAUUGAAUUUAUUUGUACAUCAACGCCACUUUACUCUAUCUGGUUGAUUGAUAUACAUUCUUUAUUUUGUGGCUAAAUUCUCUUUCCAGUCCCCCCUUUAUGUAUUUUCUUUUGUCUGAAAUUGCUGCACAUUUAUUUUUCAGAUUUUUCUCAUGACUUUGUUUCUUUUACUCCAAACUCAAUAAGCAUAAUAAUGUAAACCAUAGAACAGGGGUCUGCAACCUACGGCACUAGUGCCAUGCACGGCACUCAAGGUGUCUUUCCACGGCACUCAAGGCUGCUAGAGCCAAACAGGCUGUGGCCUAUCAGAAGUCCCAGUGAAACUUUAGAUAUCUGCUAAUACGAAAAGGUGGUGAAGGACAAUCCUCAAUUUAUGCAUUGCAGCACAUAGAGGAAGUGAUCUCAGAUCACUUCCUCCCAGCACUUGUGUAUGGGAAUCCACACUGUAGUAGAGCAGCCUGCAGCUGCUGUUCCUGCUCCUGUACUUGGCCAGCCUGGUCCCCAUUGGAACCCAGGGAAGCCACCCACACUGCUAGAUAUACACAGAAAUGCAGAAUAACCCUCCCCUCAUACAAAUAAUACGAACAGCCCACAAACAAACAUACACACAAUCCGCACAAACGUAACCCGCUAACAAUCCACAUACAUGCACACAACCCCACAUGCAGCCUCUCACAUGCAAUACCCCAAACAGCCCACACACACUACCAAACACACAAUGUGACAUAUCCAUCCACACACAAUUCCACAAGCAGCCCUCAUACACAGCCCAUUUAUAUGUAUCAUACACAAUACCAUAAACUACUAAUGAACAUAUUCAAUAUAAUAGCUCAUUUACACACAAAUACAAUGAUACAAAGCAAUUACAGUAUAAAUAACACAAGCAGAAUACAGCAACAUACACACGUCAAUGUAAAAAAAAAAAUAGGAUUGACACGCUAUGGGACAUCACAAUCCUAUAUCGGCACAGUGCUGCUAAAAGGUUGCCUACCCCUGCCAUAGAACAUAAAUGACAUUGUCUAAGAAGGAUAGGAAACAUGUCAAAUCAGCUUGUUACGCACGCAGUAUUGCAUUUUCCAUAUGCAUCCUGGGAGAUGAAGUUCAGAAUAGCUGCAGCGACAAGGAUUUCUUAUUCCUAUAUAUGAACUUACUUCUCAAAUGCCCUCAUCUAGAAGGAACAGUCCCUUUUUGGGGGCAAAUUUCUCUUUCCCAAUUUUCUGUUUAAAUGUUCAUUUUUUGUAAAAGCUUCGUUAUGUUGCUGUGUCUGAGACAAUAAAAGAGCUCCACAGCAAUAAUUCUAACCGUAUUGUGUCUUUAAACUACAAUAAACGUCUUUAGAAAUCAGUGUGUGUAAAUAACAUACACUGUUCUUGUUCUAAAUUACAUUUUUGUAGCAUUAAAGGGACUCUCCAGUGCCAGGAAAACAUAUCCAUUUUCUUGGAACUGCAGGACCCUGCAGUGCCCCUCUCCCUCCUACCCCCCGACCACCAGAAGCACCCGAAUAAGGCAGACAAGGGGCGGAAGAAACUCUCACCUGAGCACGGAACCGGCACUUUGCACCCGAGGUACCCUACCCACAUGAUGCCAGCACACUUACUCCGGCACAAGACCGUGAUGGGGAAGCAGAACCCAAGUGAACUCUCAAUGUACACACUGCACCUGCUGACUAGUGGGGUAGGCUGACCACGCUCCCCUCGCUGCAAAUGGGUCCACAUGCUGAAAACUAUCAGAGAUUAAUAGACGCCAUUUGCCAUGCAAAACAUAUCCAUAUACCAAGGGUAAAGUCUGCUCCCUAUUCGUGAUGGGGGAACCCAGUGGCAACAAAGCCCUGUAACCUAAGUUUAUGACUCUAUAAUAAUCUCUUACAAUAAGCCUGGUUGUUUACUUUAUCUGCCUCUAGUUUAAGCUACUUGCAUUUUGCAUGUUUCUAUGACAUUACUAUUAAUGUACUGGCCUAAUGUGAAUAAGCUUGUUUUCUUUAAAAAAAAAAAAAAAAAAGCGCAGUACAUCUUGACCUUACUUGUUUAAACAUUGUCUUCACACCUCUUGUUAUAAGUCAUAAAGUCAAUACGAAAGCUUGUACUUAACACUGCACGGCUAAAAUAAAAAAUAAAAAAAAACAAAAAAAAAACCCUUCAGUGACUUACCUGAACCCAGCGCCGAUGUCCCUCGGCGCUGGGUCAGGCUCCGCCCACGCUCCUCGGCAGGGAGAGACCUCCCCAUAGGAUAGCAUUUUUCAAUGCUUUCCUAUGGGGAUUCCAGCGAUGCUGGAGGUCCUCAUGCAUAGCAUGAGGACGUCCAGUGUAGUUUAAAACACUUUUCGUGUUCUAAGAACACGGAAGUCCCUCUAGUGGCUGUCUAAUAGACAGCCACUAGAGGAGGACUUAACCCUGCAAGGUAAUUAUUGCAGUUUAUAAAAACUGCAAUUAUUACACUUGCAGGGCUAAGGGUGGUGGGAGUUGGCACCCAGACAACUCCAAUGGGCAGAAGUGGUCUGGGUGCCUGGAGUGUCCCUUUAAUUAUUAGUAAGUCACCUACAUACCCCGUCCCUUGCCACACCACCAACACCCCUAAAAUCAAAGUGUUCUUGUGAAAUGUUGGGAGAUAUGUGUGAGCAAUGAUUGAUUUAGGAAGUAUGGGGCAUUUUUCUUUCUUGUCUUCUCAUUCUCAUUUGCACCAGAUAACCAGUCACGUGCAUGAAAUCUACCGGGACAAUAAGGUUUGUUUUAUGUGCUGUUCUAACCAACUUUAACAUGCUCAGAAACUGUCCGAAAGGUAUAUCGGGUAUUAUAGAAAACGUGUCAGUCAGUGAAAGGUUUGUGGAAAUUGAACACAUGGAAUAAUUAUUACUGCAGAAAUUUAAAAACAAAGAUAUUGGACACAGUGUGUAGUUAGCGUUCUCAUGACUUAUAUAAUAUUACUGCUUUGCUUCUCUUGGUCUGUAUCUGUAGCUGGCCAAACUAUUAUGUAAUAGAAAAGGAAUCUGGUUGUUGCAGCUAGUUCACAUGCAAAGUUUUAUAAGAAGAUACAGUCAAAACACUUUUAAUUGGUGAUAUGUAUUUUUAAUGGACAUGGGAAAUUUCUAUAAACUCAUAGGAAUAAUCAAUAUUAUGUGAUGAGGUCACACAAACUUGUCAUGGAGACUGAGCCAUUUUCAAUAUUUACUUUAUUUUAUGGCAUUGAGCCCAAUUGUAGUUCAUGAACUUUCACUUUAUUGAUGUCACACAAAAAGAAGAAAUGUCUUUCUCUACUUGAUUGUCAGCCCAUUUCCAAAUGGACCUUUGGUGGUGGACGAUUGGGGGAACUUGACCACUUGAUUUAUGUGUAAUGUGAAUUUUGUUACUCACAUGUGUCUAUUCCGAGCUCUUUAAAAAAACUUAUUUUUUUUUGAUGGCUGAGAGGAUGUAGUAGGAGAGAUUUAUAAAAGUGUCUCCAAAAGUACAGAUUUAUAAAAGUGGAGCCAUCACUAAGGAAACAAGAGGAAUGUUCCUGCUGAACACAUUGGUUUCCAUCGUGAUUGCUCCACUUGUAGAACAUUUAGGGAGAUUAUCAAUGUUCUGAAAAGUGAUUGUUAUAUUCGUCAUUAUUUUGGUUGUAUUUAUUAACGUUUUCUAAAUGUGGUCUAAAAAGUAACUAUUUUCUUCAUAAUAGAUUCUGACCAUUUUUGCUAAACAAAAAAUUCCAUUUCAGAAGACCACCAAAUUUGGCGUGGUUAUUUAGUUUGGAGUGUUGCUACAACACAACAUUUAAGAGUUAUUUAAUAAAGAAUUGUCAGGAAUUCAAAGUGAAUUUAACAUUUAAGGCCAAAUUAGCAAAACUAAAGAUUAGCAUUUUCCAGUUUGGCAAAAUUUUCCUUAAAUUUGAAAUUCACUUUGAAUGCCAAACAAUUGCACAGGCCACUUUGCAUAUUUAUUUGGAUUUAAUGAACAUCUAAACUAGAAGACACCAGAUUUGAUGGAGAAAGGGGCAACCAAUAUAUAUACUUUAAUCUUAACCUAAUCUUGUUUAAAAAUGUUAUAUUCAUUCUGUGUUUAAUACCUUAAGUAAAGUGUUGUAACAUACACACAUUCUCGUUUUAGGCAAGUUUACCGCUGGAGUAG